AUGGUUCAACCCGCAAACUCGACCAAUACGGCAGAUCGAAGGACCCUAGCUGCCAGCGAUGCCCACCAGAGGGAGGAGCUCCUCCGAACCAAAACCGGCCGACCAGAACGAAGGAUCGGCCUAGACAGAAGCGGAAAAGGUGAAAAGGCGGAUCCCAAGUACAAGGACAAGGGAUCUUUCUCCAGUGGACGAGCUGAGUUUCGAAGGGCGGUGAACAGACCCACCAGGAGCCGACCUUACGAACGCUUCACCCCGACCACAAUUCCAAUUUCCGAGAUCCUAACGAACAUCGAGGAGUCCGGAAUGGAAAAACUACUCAAACGUCCUGAGAAGCUUCGGGGAGCCCCAGAAAGGCGCAGUAAGGACAAGUAUUGCCGCUUCCAUCGGGAGCACGGCCACAACACGUCAGACUGCUGGGAGUUGAAACGCCAAAUUGAGGAUCUAAUUCAAGAUGGCUACUUCAAGAAAUUUAUGGGAAAGCCCAGGACCAGCUCGGCAGAGAAAAAAGAGGAGCGUAAGCGUUCGAGGACGCCGCCCCGGCGCACUGACCGACCUGCGGUCAUCAAUACCAUUUUCGGAGGGCCAAGCGGGGGUCAGUCCGGACACAAAAGAAAGGAGUUAGCUCGUGCAGCCAGGCGCGAGGUGUGCAUCAUCAGGGAAYAGAGGCCAACCUGCCCAAUCACCUUCGACAGUACAGACUUAGAGGAGGUGCACCUGCCCCACAAUGAUGCACUUGUGAUCGCUCCCUUGAUUGAUCAUGUGGUGGUAAGGAGGGUGCUGGUAGACGGAGGCGCAUCUGCUAACAUCCUGUCCUUACCGACCUACCUCGCCCUGGGAUGGACGAGGUCGCAAUUGAAGAAAAGCCCGACACUGCUGGUUGGGUUCUCUAGAGAAUCGGUCAUCCCAUAG